AUGGGUUUCAUGCAGAAGUAUGGGCUGCGGCACCGCGAUGAUCAACGGACGAAAGCUGCGGAGCUCAGUCUUCGCGCCUCGCUCUAUCCAUUGUGCUUGGUCACUAUCCUGUUCUUCCUUUGGGGCUUUUCCUACGGCCUCCUCGACACGCUGAACAAGCACUUCCAGGAGGCGCUCGGAAUCGACAAGGCAAGGUCAGCUGGACUACAAGCAGCUUACUUUGGAGCCUAUCCUCUGGCGAGUCUGGGACAUGCUAACUGGAUUCUCCGCCACUUUGGAUACAAGCUGGUAUUCAUCUGGGGACUGAGUCUAUACGCUCUUGGUGCCCUCAUCGCCUGGCCUUGCCUCCUCCACCACAGCUUCGGCGGCUUCUGCGCUGCCAUCUUCAUCAUUGGCAAUGGCCUUGGAUCGCUGGAGACUGCGGCAAACCCUUACAUUACCGUCUGCGGGCCUCCGAAGUACUCUGAGAUGCGUAUCAAUCUCUCCCAAGCAUUCAACGGGAUCGGAACAGUCGUAGCUCCUGUAAUGGGGUCAUACGUCAUCUUCGUCGACAUCGGCGAGUCUGAUCAGGCGCUGCGCAACGUGCAAUGGAUCUAUCUGGCCAUUGCUUGCUUUUGCAUCUUGCUCGCCAUCACCUUCUUGUUCUCCCCCAUCCCUGAAAUCACAGACGCCGACAUGGCCUUCCAAGCAGAAGAAACCCAUGCCAACACCGCCAUCGAGCCCUUCUGGAAACAAUACCGUCUCUUCCACGCCACCUUCGCGCAAUUCUGCUACACCGGAGCCCAAGUAGCCAUCGCGGGCUACUUCAUCAACUACGUUACCGAAACCCGCGCCAACACCGACAGCCCCCUGGCAGCACGCUUCCUGGCUGGAGCACAAGGCGGUUUUGCUCUCGGUCGCUUCGUCGGUGUGGGUUUGAUGAAGUUUGUCCGGCCUCGAUACGUCUUUUUGCUGUACAUGACGCUUUGCAUUGUGUUUAUUGCACCCAGCAUUACACAGAGCGGCAACACUGGCAUGGCUAUGCUGUACCUGACGUUGUUCUUUGAGUCGAUCAUUUUCCCAACGAUCGUUGCAUUGGGUAUGCGUGGGCUUGGGAAAUACUCGAAGCGCGGAUCUGGAUUCAUCGUUGGUGGUGUCUGUGGUGGAGCUGUUGUGCCACCAAUUCUGGGAGCCGUAGCAGACGCGCGCAGCACCCAGCUCGCCAUGGUCGUGCCAAUGUGCUUCUUCAUCCUCGCCUGGACUUACACUUUGGCGGUCAACUUCGUCCCGGCAUACCGUAUCCCGGCUGACAAGUUCUCCACGACGAAAGUUGGUAUUGAGAACUUGGGCCCUGCAGAUGAGGAGAGCGAGGGUGACAGCCCGAUGCGGGUUGCUGAGAAGAAGGAGUUGGAGCAUGAGAAGCUGGAACACACGCCAGAGGUCAAAUGA